AUGACUCAUUUACAUCUGAUGUAUCCAAAUGCUGGAGCAUGUGAAGUUGUAAGCUUGCUAUUUCAUGAAUGGAAUAUGAGUGUGUCCAGGAGCAUUGUAAUAUCCUAUUUCCAUACAUACAAGCCAGAUCUUGUUUGCCAGCUCGACCAACACGACAAGUGGCUGAGGUACGGUCUUGGCCUCCAUACUGGCAUCGAGCCAUUCUCGGGGCGCAUUAUGUGGAUGAGAGUCUGGCACUCAAACCGGAACCCACAGCUGAUCCUUAGUUACUAUCUUGACACAAUCCAGACACUCGGGCAUAAGUCAUUCUUUCUGCACAUGCCUAUGGUGACCCAGAGCGACCCUGGGUCUGAAAACUAUGGAAUUGCUAAUGCCCAUACUAUGCUACAUCAGUGGCAUGAUCCUGCCUUGCAGGGUAGCCUACAACACCGCUGGAUGAGGACAAAGAAAAACGUAAUGCCGGAGAUAAUGUGGUCACAGAUGCGGUGUUGUUUCACACCUGGAUUUGAGCCCAACAAACAUGGCUGUCCCCAAAAAAAGCAAUUACAGCCCCCCAGUGGUACACAGGUGGAAGAUCCUUGA